UUGAAAAUAAUAGAAAAUAACUAAAACUGGAGACUGUAAUUUUAGAUAUUACUAUGGAUAGUGGAAGAGAAAUAUGACAUAUUUAAUCUUGCGACUGUGAAUUAUUUUUUAAGUACCUAUUUAUAGAUAGAGAUGUAGAUUUAAACAAUGUGUACGCUUGGAAUUACAACCUUCUGAAGUUUAUGGGUAUCUGGCCGGAAGAGAGGAAAUGGAACCGAUCUUCCAGUUACCUAGUUCUAUUACCGUGUAUCAUAAUGCUGUGCUUCGCAUGUGCUCCACAAACAAUUAACCUUCCUAUGAUCGCCGGUGACUCUGAUUUGGUGAUCGAGAAUCUAUCGACUAAUAUUACCGUCAUGGUUUCCCUCAUGAAGACUCUGACUGUUUGGAUCAACGGCAUACCGUUAAAGUCUCUGCUAGGAUAUAUGGCCAAUGACUGGGACGCAGUGACGAAUAAUAUCGAACGAGAAACAAUGGUGAACACCGCGAGGAUCACUAGAAAGAUUACAAUAGGAAGCACAUUGAUGGUUAACAUCGUAAUUCUCGCUUUUGUGCCUGCACGAUUGUCUAGCAUGAAAAACAACGACAUUACACUAUUCCUUCGUGGCUAUUACCCGUAUAACACUAGCAUCAGUCCAAAUUUCGAAUUGACGAUGAUCGGUCAAUACGUGGCUGCCAUUUAUGCAGCGAAUACGUACACAACUGUAGAUGCUCUCGUUGUCCUACUGAUUUUUCACGUCUGCGGACAGCUUUCGAUUUUGAGGCAAGAUUUAGGGAAGAUUGAUUCGUACGAUAAGAAAAAUAUAGAAAUGAAGAUGCAGAAGAUUGUCGAAAAGCAUGAAUAUAUAAAUAGGUUCGUAUUAAGGAAAUUUGUUAUUUUGUUGAAGAUACUAGGGAAUAUAUACAGCGAAGAGAAUAAAUUAGAGUUCGCCGGAAGGAUAGAGAAUUCCUUUAACAUGAUGCUUCUGUUUCAAAUGCUGAGUUGCACCAUUCAGAUAUGUUCUCAGUUUUACCAAGUUAUGAUGUCGUUGGGAGAGAAUACAAUGGAAGACAUGAUUUUUCAAAUUUCGUUCUUAUUGAUAUACGUAUUUUACGUGAUGUUGCAACUGUUCCUAUAUUGUUACAUGGGAGAAAAACUAGCAGCCGAGAGUACAGAAAUAGCUAACAUAGCCUACGGUACAAAAUGGUACAAUUUACCUCCCAAGAAUGCAAGAUGGCUUGUAAUUAUUAUGUGCCGUGCCACGUCUUCACCCUUACAAAUUACAGCAGGCAGAUUUUGUUCCUUUACUUUUGCGCUUUACUGUCAGGUCAUAAAAACCUCGAUGGGGUAUGUUUCUGUCCUAUACGCAAUGAAAAAUAAAUAAUAGACGAUCCGAUACAUCUGUGAAUUUUACAACCGUCCAUCAGCUUGAUAAAAGAAGCGUUACAAAAAGAAUAUUUUAGUAUAUUUCUCUAAAUGAUAAAUUAUAUCUCAAAGUAA